GAGCCCCCUUUACGAUCUGGUCGGGAGCAGAGAGUUCCCACUUUUCAUUCAAUUCAAGGUUUUGGUUCUCGCUGCGAUUCUGACUUGUAUCAUUUUCUCAUGCUUUUCCGAUUUGGGAAUUUGAAUGCGAUACAGUUUAUCAGUUGACAUUUUUUUUGUUGUUGCUUACAUCACGUUUGCUAAUUGUUAUGUUUAAUCAUUUGCUAGAACAAUCUUUUAUGGGGUGGGUCUAUUUGAUGUUUGCUUUUCUAAUACUUAAUUCGGUUCGACGUUCUUAGACUGAUUAGUUCUUCCGAUGCAUAUUGACAAUUAGGGUUUUUAUUUGUAGCCCUAAUAAAAUUAAUGUGCUGGAGAAAAUUUUCAUUUUUGUCGUCAAUCAUUAUUAUUAUUUUGUUAAAAUCACUUUUGAUGACAGAGAUGUCAGGCUAUGACAAUGUUGUUGGUGGGAAAUUGAAGCUCAAGGGAAAAGCACUGGAUGUGGCUGGUGGAGUGAAGAAGAAGAAAAAGAAGAACAAAAGAAAUCAAGAUCAAUUUUUGCAAGUCGCUGAAGAUGAAACUACAGCAGGUGGAAAUGAAGAACCAGCCAAAGAUUCUAAUGAUCAAGUUAUAAAUGAUGUGAGCAAAUCGAGCAGUGAAGGAAAAACUGCUGCUCAUUAUGAUGAUCAUCUUACACCAGCAGAGAGGCGAUACAUAGAACAGAGGGAACAACUUGAUGUUCAUCGAUUGGCUAAGAUUGCCAAUAAGUCUCACCGUGAUAGGAUUCAGGAUUUCAACCAAUAUCUCGCAAACAUGAGCGAGCAUUAUGAUAUUCCUAAAGUUGGUCCUGGAUGAUUCGAUGAGGCUUACAAGUAUGAGGGUCAAUCUCAUCCUUUGUAUUUGUUCUGUAAUAUUAAAACCAUCCGCACAGAUAGUUGUUGCACUGCGUAUUGAUGCUUUGUUUUGGACCAAGCUAUAUUUCAGAUGAUAUAUUUGGUUUCUUUCCUGCGGAUGGGGAAGUGAUGUUAUUGCCUUAAAACGAUAACUGCGUAUUUUACUUGAACGUUAUGGGGAGAGGAAGCUCGUUACGCUGCAAGGAAUCUUAAUUGAGAAAGCGAUAACUUCGUGUUUAACACUUAAAAUAUGU